AUGGCAACCAAUAACACAACUUCGAAUAAUGUUUCCACUUCCUCUUCGUCCACUCGACCCACAGCAACAAAUCUCUCUUCAUCACCGCCAUCCACAACUGAUGCAACAUUACCAAUGCCGACUGUUGAACGUGUCAUGAAAACCAUUCCAUGUCCACCAAAUGCACGUUUAACAGCUUAUGAUGUAUUCGAUUCACGUGGAAAACCUCGCGUGGAUGUACUAAAAACACAUUUUAUAUCAGAAGGACGUGUCACUGAAGAUGUUGCACUUAAAAUAAUUGAAGAUGGUGCAAAGUUACUACGCCAAGAAAAAACUAUGAUUGAUGUCGAAGCACCGAUCACAGUUUGUGGUGAUGUUCACGGACAGUAUUAUGAUUUAAUGAAGUUAUUCGAAGUGGGUGGUUCACCUGCGACAACCCGAUAUUUAUUUCUGGGAGAUUAUGUCGAUAGAGGCUAUUUUAGCAUUGAAUGCGUUCUUUAUCUAUGGUCAAUGAAGAUUCUCUAUCCCACAACAUUCUUUCUUCUACGUGGAAAUCAUGAAUGUCGACAUUUAACCGAAUAUUUUACUUUUAAAACUGAGUGUAAAAUAAAAUAUACCGAACGUGUGUACAAUGCAUGUAUGGAAGCAUUUGAUUGUUUACCACUUGCUGCUCUAAUGAACGGUCAAUUCUUAUGUGUACACGGCGGUCUUUCACCUGAAAUCCAUACUCUUGAAGAUAUUAAAAGACUCGAUCGUUUCAAAGAGCCACCUCCAUACGGACCGAUGUGCGAUUUAUUAUGGUCCGAUCCUCUCGAAGAUUAUGGUACUGAACGAACGACUGAACAGUAUAGUCACAAUACAGUACGAGGUUGUUCUUAUUUUUAUAGGUAUGUUUGUAGG